GGCAGCCGGUCGAGUGGCGGAAGUGGUGUGAGCGAGGUGAUCCCGCAGUGUAGGAGCCGCGCGGGGCUGGGACGCAGAGCUGAGGCCACUGCUUCACCUCCCCCCGACCACGUGAGGAUGACGCGCUUCGCCCUGACCGUUGUCCGGCAUGGGGAAACAAGAUUGAACAAAGAGAAAGUACUUCAAGGACAAGGAAUAGAUGAACCUCUUUCGGAGACUGGAUUUAAACAAGCGGCUGCUGCUGGGAGAUUUAUGAGUAAAGUGAGGUUUACUCAUGCUUUCUCCAGCGACCUCACGCGGGCAAAGCAGACCAUGCAUGGGAUUUUGAAGCACAACCUGUUUUGCAAAGAUAUGACAGUACAGUAUGAUUCAAGACUUCGAGAAAGGAAAUAUGGGGCUGCGGAAGGCAAGCCUCUAAGUGACCUGAGGAACAUGGCCAAAGAAGCUGGGGAAGAAUGCCCUUUCUUUACACCUCCCGGAGGAGAGACGUUAGACCAGGUGGAAAUGCGUGGAAAACAGUUUUUUGAAUUUCUAUGUCAGCUAAUCCUGAAAGAAGCAGAUCAAAAGCAACAGUUUUCUCCAGGAGCUCCAAGCAACAAUCUGGAAACUUCUUUGGCAGAGAUAUUUCCUUUAGAAACAAACUACAGCUCUGAAGUUAACUCCGACAGUGGUGCUCCAGGAUUAGUGGCCAGUGUCUUAGUCGUGAGUCAUGGUGCUUACAUGAGAAGCCUGUUUGGUUAUUUUCUGACUGACCUUAAGUGUUCCUUACCAGCAUCUCUGAGAAAAUUUGAACUUUCGUCAGUCAGUCCCAAUACUGGGAUCAGUCUCUUCAUCAUAAGCUUUGAGAAAGGAAAAGAACCUACACCGAAGUGUGUUUGUAUGAACCUACAGGAUCAUCUUAAUGAAGUGACCAAAACACUCUCAGUUUAGAUCUGCAUCAAAAUUCUAACAGUUUUGAGCUUCUGAAGGGAGUGCCUUUGGCUUACUUUAUUUCCGUCCUUUGCUAGUGCUAAUUCGGAAAUAGUUAAAAAUCAUAUUAUAAACUCUUCUGGAAUGUCAGCAACAUCACACAGUAGUGGAAAGCCAUUUAGAAUUGACUUAUGUUGUCUUGAGUGCAGCCUGUGUUUUCCACCCUGCUUGAUCCCAUCUCUGAGUGAUAAAUGGAAGGAACUCAGUGUUGCAAGUUGGGGGAUUCACAUCCUUAUUAUAGAAAUUUUUUUCCCCUUUUAAAAAAUGUUUGUUUGUUUUUUCUUUAAUGAAAAAAUUAGCCUAUUUCAUUGAUUGAUUCUUGGUAAGAUAAUGAAUAUUUUUUACUAUCACAUCCAAGUCUUGAAAGAACUAUUUAUAUUUCCCAUUGCAUAUUUAUAGUUACUGUUAUAUUUUGAAAGAAAAGUUCUUUAAAUGGAAAAUUCAUUCCGUUAUAAGUCUAUAUAUAAAGUAAAAUGAUAAAAUGACACUAAAAUCUUUUACUUAGAAACAAGCUGUUGGAUUAUUAUUUUUUUUUUAUUCAAGAGGGCUUGAAAUGUAGAUGAAUGCAGAUUAUGAGUGCAGAGCAACCUGGGGGAGGAGGUUAAGACAUCAUUUGACUAAAACACAUCACAGAUGGAAGCCCUGGGCAGAAGGUAAAAGAGCAGUGUGCUCUUUUAUCUUGCAAAACACAAAGUCAGUGGAAGCCAAGAAAGUCCCCCAAAGAAGUUUGACUCAGAGAGUAAAGACCACUAUCCACUUGCUUCUUCUUUAUCCUGUAGGCUGAAGAAUUUCCAGUUUGG